ACGCUAUGGCUGGAUGGGAAUUGAGUCUGUUGCCAUCACUUGUUCUUCUCUUCGUUGUGUUGGGUUGGGUUCAUCGUGUUGACCGCUUGGUCGUCCCACUCAAAGAGAUCAACUCCUUAUGUAUCCUGUCGUCAUCUACCCACAAUCCACACUCACCCCGCUGUUGAGUCACCGCCUCGAGCGCUUAUCCU